UGUAGACGAGAGCAUUGGAGUUUAAUCGAUGCACAUUUGGAGUGAAGAUCGCCCAGCGAUCUCCGAAGAGAUCACUGGUGCUUUUUUGCCCAGCGAUCUCCGAAGAGAUCACUGGUGCUUUUUUGCCCAGCGAUCUCCGAAGAGAUCACUGGUGCUUUUGUUGUUGCUGCUGCUGAAGUGUUGUUUGCCCAGCGAUCUCCGAAGAGAUCACUGGUGCUUUUGUUGUUGCUGCUGCUGAAGUGUUGUUGC